GCGCCUAUAUUCAAUAAGCCUGGUUCAUCUCAAGCUGCACCAUCGAGCUCUCCAAAUGCUCCAUUAUCAACGCCGACGCGACCGUCUACCUCAAAGAGACCAGCUGACUCAGUCUCGGCGAGACAAGAACUAUCUGGGUCUAAUGCUACUAGCUCAAAUCCCAAUAAACGUGUAAAGACCUCUACUGCAAACCUUGAAGGAGCUCAACCUCUUCCUGAACGACUCCGGCCACAGACAUUGGACGACUUCGUUGGUCAACCCCACCUUACUGGCCAAGGUUCACUGCUGAGACAUCUUGUUGAAUCUGGUACUGGUGGCAACAUGGGGAGCAUUAUUUUCUGGGGUCCGCCGGGAUGUGGUAAAACAACACUGGCUAGACUGCUGGCGAAGAAGUCACGAGCCGUGUUCAAGGAGCUUUCCGCGACUGGAAUAGGCGUCAAUGAAGUUAGACAAGUAUUUGAGGAAGCAAAAGGUCUUUUAUCAUUGACCGGAAGGAAGACAAUUCUCUUCCUAGAUGAAAUCCACCGGUUCAACAAAGCCCAACAAGACAUCUUCCUGCCAUACGUUGAACAAGGUCAUAUACAGCUUAUCGGCGCUACAACUGAGAACCCUUCAUUUCGAGUGAUUGGUGCCCUUUUAAGCCGCUGUCGCGUCUUUGUGUUAGAACGUCUUACGGACGAUAAUAUUGGAGUAGUUAUUAAACGGGCAAUUAAGCGUGUCUCUGCAAAAGACCAAGAUACUGGAGAUGCAGCUAUCAAGCCAGAUGAUUCUCUCCUUCCGACUUCUCAAGCCACCGAAAUAAUCAACGCCGAUCCCGGCUCGUCCCAGACAUCCUCUGCAACGCUUGCCGCCUCCUCACCUUCGGAUUUACCUUUUCCGGAACAUCCACAGAUAACUUCUCAGGUUUUCUCUUCUCUCAUUUCCCUAUCCUCUGGAGAUGCACGUACAGCAUUGUCACUCUUAUCCCUUGUACUCGCUGCUCCUCCGUCUACCCCGACCGCGCAGCUUCUCGAUUCACUGAGGAAGAGUGUGAUAGGUGCAUACGAUCGCACAGGUGAUACGCAUUACGACCUCAUAAGCGCUCUGCAUAAAAGUGUGCGUGGGAGCAAUGGGAGUGCAGCGUUGUAUUGGCUUGCUCGAAUGCUGCGAGGUGGCGAAGACCCGUUAUUUAUCGCUCGUCGUAUGCUUGUCUGUGCAAGUGAAGACGUAGGUCUCGCAGAUCCGAAGGCAUUACCUUUAGCCAUGGCAGCAUAUCAAGCAUGCCAAGUUAUUGGCAUGCCGGAAUGUCGCAUCCAUCUCGCACAUCUCGUCUCCUAUCUUUCGGAGGCACCAAAAUCAACUCGCUCGUAUAGAGCAUACAACCGAGCAGAGGAGGCUGCUGCGAAAGACAUGACACUGCCAGUGCCAUUGCAGCUUCGCAAUGCGCCAACGAAACUCAUGGAGGAGCUGGGUUAUGCGGAGGGAUAUCGAUAUAAUCCCGAUUUCAUACAUCCGGUGCACAACCAAUACCUACCGACACAGCUCAAGGAUGACGUCUACUUACUCAAGGAGGGCGACAUGUCUGAUAGGGUAUGGGACGAGGAGGCUCUGAAGACCUGGGAGAAGGAAGCCAAUGAUAGCAGGGAAUGGGACGGCAGGCGGAAGAAUGAUGGAUCUCCUGCGAUUCAGGACUUGACUGAUCAGACCGUUUAA